AUGAUUUCUAUACGCUUCAAUUUCCUUAAAUAUUUAUAUCCAACAUUAUGUUUAUCCACUUUAAUUUUAUUUACUUUACAACACAAAUCUGAUAAUUUACAAUCAGAAUUUAAAAAGGGAAAACAACUUAAAAUACUUGUAUAUUCACCCUCUGUGAGUUGGAGUCAUGCAAAAUUUUUGGGAAGAAUUGCGGAUACUUUAGUUGAUGCUGGCCAUGAAGUGGUUAGUUAAUCAAAUUUUUAGUCAUAGUAACUUUGUGCCGGUGAAUGUGUAACCGAUGGCACCGUCCAUGUAUCUUACCAGUCAUGUUGUUUAAAGCGCCGAAGAAUGGAUACUGGAGGCAAGAUGGGAACGGAAUGUCGCAAAAGUCAGGGGAUUCACAUUGAAAUAAGGUGGAUGGUUUGGGGGUUGAUGAUCCAAAACGCCUUACGUCAUUAUAAGCAAACACAAUUUUUAAAUUAUUUUUAAAGCAUUUCGUCAAGUACAUCAUGAGCCCACUUUUGCUACAACGAAACGAAACUACUAAAGUUACUA